CAUUAGCCAGACGUUCUGUGAUUGGCGGAUCUGACGAGCAGGGCGAGCUGAGAGUGUGACGUCAUCCGAGCGCGACCCGCGGCUGAAGGACGAGAGAGCGAGGCUGUACAUCAGUGCUGAGAGUGAACGCGCAUAAACAUCGCGUGGUUAUUUCAGUGAGUUUGUUGGAUGAUGAGCGUCGGUCUGCUGUCAUGCGCUCUGCGCGCUCUGUCUCUGGGCUCCUCUCAGAUCGCCGGUGUUCCGGUGGCUUCCGGUGUUUCCGCUGCUCUGACCGGAAGUCGCGGCUUCCUGACGAGCGCGUGUGACCGGCAGAACCGGAGCCUGUGGAAACAGAGGGACAAAUACACCGUGCGACCGAUCGGCGUGAAGAAGACCGGAGGACGAGAUUACACCGGUAAGAUCAUCACACAGCGGAUCGGCGGCGGACACAAGCAGCGCUACCGCAUGAUCGACUUCCAGCGACUGCGUUACGAAGCUGGUAAAGAGGAGCAGCCCAUCGAGGAGAAGGUCAUCGAGGUCAGAUACGACCCCUGCAGAUCGGCUGAUAUCGCUCUGGUCGCCGGCGGGAGCCGUAAGCGCUGGAUCAUCGCCACAGAGAACAUGGAGGCCGGAGAUCUGAUCCGGACGUCCGGCGCUAUCGGACGCAUGGCCGUUCUGGCCAAAGAGGGAGACUCGCAUCCGCUGGGCGCUCUCCCCGUCGGCACGCUGGUCAAUAAUCUGGAGCUGGUGCCGGGGAAGGGAGCGCAGUACAUCCGCGCCGCAGGAACCUGUGGAGUGCUGCUGCGCAAAGUGAACGGCACCGCCAUCGUCCAGCUCCCGUCCAAACACCAGAUCCAGGUGUUGGAGACGUGUAUGGUGACCGUCGGCAGAGUCUCCAACGCUGACCACAACAAGCGUGUGAUCGGGAAGGCGGGCCGGAACCGCUGGCUGGGCAUCAGACCGUCCAGUGGCCUGUGGCAGAGGAAGGGCGGCUGGGCCGGACGCAAGAUCAGACCGCUGCCGCCCAUGAAGAGCUUCGUCAACCUGCCGUCUGCGGCCGCCAGAUCGUGAAGGACCAGAAUAAAGCUUCCUGGUCAGUUACUCGCCCUCGUGUCGUCCACGUCUGUCUGUCUUCACUCGCAGAGAAAUGAAGGUUUUUGAGGAAAACAUUCCAGGAUUUUUCUCCGUACAGCGAUUUCAAGCUCAAAGCUGCAGCUUCAGAGCGCUCCGCGACCCAGCCGAGGAGGAGAGGUGAUGUCUAGCGGAACAAUCAGUCAUUUACUGAAGAGAAAUUAUAUUCAUCUCAUUUUGAAGCAUGCUGUAGCUCUGCGGGUCUUCACACAUCACGUAAUGGAAAAUGAGUGAUUGUUUGGCUGAUGAGGCUCUUACUCCUCGCUGGGGUCGUGUGGAGCUGGAAUGUUUUCCUUAAAAAAACGUGAUUUCUUUGCGACUGAAGAAAGAAAGACAUGAACAUCUCGGAUAACAUGAGGGCGAGUAAAUGAUCAGGAAAUGUUUUUUCUUGAAGUGGACUUCUGCUUUAUUAUAACACUCUUCAUCUCAAUAAACCCAGCCGUCACACAAUCACAGACUCAUUCAGCAGCGGAUAAAAACCUUUAUUAAACACAACUGCAUGUGUGAGCAUGAGAGAAGCAGCGCUAUAAAAGACAUUACAUACUCCAAAUGGAAAACAUGCAAAGGUACAUUAAAAAGUGUCACAUCAUUUAAAAAUGAGGUUCUGUGCAAAGGUGCUGCAGUCAGCGUCCCGUGUGAACCGCAGUGGAUUAUUAAUGUAGAGUAUAUGGAGUUAUGUGAGACGUGACCAGUGCUGGGGUGAUGCCUUACAAAUAACACACGUUACGUCAUCAAUUACUUUUUAAAAGUAACUAGUAAAGUAACACAUUACUUUUUAAUUUAGAGGGAAAUAUCGGAGUUAUUUUUCAAAUAAGUGACUCCAGCUCCUGUGUUUCUCAUGUAUUGACGGACAGCUCUGGUGUUGCCAUGUUGAGAGAAAUCAGGAGUAAGAACAUGAUCUUACUGUAGUUCUAGACUAAAUAUCAACAUCUCACCUGCACAAAAACACAUUCAGUGUUCCUCACAAUCAAUAAAAACACUCAAAUACAAACCUGCAAUAAUUAAAUAAAUAUCAUUUAUGUAUUUAAUCCUAUUUUAUUAACCGAUGUCUUUGAGCUUCGAUGAUCCAAUUCAGCCGUACUAAGCAGAAAUAACACAUUAGUGUUUGAUUUGAGUUAUUGCUGAAUAGUGUUGAUGUUUCUUCUCCUGCGUCAUAUUCUUCAUGUGAUUAGUUUGAGCGUCCUCUACUGUACAGACGUGAAUCUACAUCUCCUUCAGUCUGAGCCGCAUUCACUUCACUUUUGCUGUGAAAGAGCUUUACAUUUGUACAAGAAGAACUUUUUAU